ACAGAAUGUCCUUACUUUGGUCAUUAAAACAUUUCGAUGCAUAUCGAAAGCCAAUGGACGACUUUCGGGUCAAAACAUUGUCCGGUGGAUUAGUCACCCUAAUAGCCACGAUAGCAAUAGUACUCCUAAUUGUGCUAGAAACAAAACAGUUUUUGUCGACUGAAGUGCUGGAGCAUUUGUUCGUGGAUUCAACUACAUCGGAUGAACGAGUACAUAUUGAAUUUGACAUCACUUUCACCAAGUUGCCAUGUAACUUUAUCACUGUAGACGUAAUGGAUGUUAGUAGUGAAGCCCAGGAAAACAUCAACGACGACAUUUAUCGGCUUCGCUUGGACCCUGAAGGUCGGAACAUAUCUGAGAGUGCUCAAAAAAUAGAAAUCAAUCAGAAUAAGACAAGUGUGGAGACGACGGAUGUGAUUCAAGAAGUCAAAUGUGGCAGUUGUUAUGGAGCGGCUGCAGAUGGAAUAUGUUGUAACACAUGCGAUGAUGUUAAAAGCGCUUACGCAGUCAAAGGAUGGCAAGUGAAUAUUGAGGAAGUUGAGCAGUGCAAGAACGACAAGUGGGUCAAAGAGUUCAAUGAGCACAAAAAUGAAGGAUGCAGAGUUUAUGGAACAGUGAAAGUAGCCAAAGUUGCAGGAAACUUUCAUCUUGCUCCAGGAGACCCACAUCAAGCAAUGAGAUCCCAUGUCCACGACCUUCACAAUCUGGACCCAGUGAAAUUUGACGCCUCCCACACAGUUAACCACGUGUCGUUCGGAAAGUCGUUCCCCGGAAAGAACUAUCCACUAGAUGGAAAAGUGAAUACGGACAAUCGAGGAGGAAUUAUGUACCAGUACUACGUGAAAGUAGUUCCUACAAGAUAUGACUACUUGGAUGGACGUGUCGAUCAGAGCCAUCAGUUUUCGGUGACAACUCACAAGAAGGAUUUGGGAUUCCGCCAAUCCGGACUUCCUGGUUUCUUUUUGCAGUACGAAUUUAGUCCGUUGAUGGUGCAAUAUGAAGAAUUCAGACAAUCCUUCGCCUCAUUUCUAGUCUCACUGUGUGCCAUCGUCGGAGGUGUCUUCGCAAUGGCUCAACUUGUCGAUAUCACAAUUUAUCAUUCAUCUCGUUAUAUGAAGAGCCGAAUUGCCGGGGGAAAACUUACUUAAUCAUGUUCUAUUUAUUUUGGAAAUCGGGUUGCCACAGGUCUUUAGCUUGUUCUGUUUAGUAUUUAUCUGGCUUUGUUACAUUUUUUACUCCAUUGGAACUAUUAAUUUAUUCUAUUUUAAUUGUAGCAUUUUUCAGUUCAGAACGGUUUUCUAUAAAAAAUACAAGACGUUGUCAUG